UGUCAUGGCUUUGAUUCUUUUAACUAAAUCCAAGUUUAAACUGGCAGGCUACCGCCAAAACGAUAGUGGUCGCGUGAGUGCGUAACUUCAAGUACAGUGUCAUCCCUAGUCAAAAUUUUAAUAAUAAACAAUUCAUUUUGCGGCGGCUGGUCUCAUUGAUUUUUCUAGGAAGCAUUAAAAAAAAAAAAGGAUUAAUAAGAUAAAACCCGGAGCCUGGCCUGCUAAUCGGAAAAAUGAGUGGCGACGAAUGUGGCGAGGAGAAGCACAUCCUGAAUCUCUCCAAACAGAAGCUGAAGAAGGUGCCCAAGCAGGACGAUGCCCACAGCAUCCGCCAGCUCAUCCUGGAUGAGAACGAACUGCAGAAGAUCGACAACAUAGACUCGUACCUCAAGAUAGAAUCGCUCUCCUUGGCCAGGAACCAACUGCUGCGGAUGUACGGCGUCUGCCGGCUGCACUGCCUCCGCGAACUGAACCUCUCCUUCAACGGCAUACUCUCCAUCGAAGGUCUCAAGGACUGCGUCCACCUGCGCGUCCUCAACCUGGAGGGGAACAACAUCAAGACCAUCGAGCACCUGAGCACGAACGUCAACCUGGAGGUGCUGAACCUGGCGGAGAACAGCAUUGGCAGCAUUUCGGACAUGUCCUACUUGCGCAGUCUCAAGGAGCUCUAUCUGCACGGAAACCGCUUGACGCACCUGAGGUCGUGCGACAAGUACUUGCCCACCUCUCUGGAAACACUGACGCUGGCCAAGAAUGGCAUCAACGACCUCAACGAGAUCUGCACGCUGUCGCAUCUCAGCAGCCUGCUGAGCAUUUCGAUCGCGGACAAUCCCUGUGUGAACAUGACCAACAGCUUGGAUGGCUUUGACUACCGGCCUUUUGUGCUGAACUGGUGCAUGAGCCUGAAGUACAUCGAUGGCUACGUGGUGGAUCCCAUCGAGAGCCUCAAGGCCGAGUGGCUUUACAGCCAGGGACGCGGUCGCCAGUUUCGCGUGGGCGAGCAGCAGGGCUUGGCCAAGUACCUGAGCUCCAUGUGCCCGCUGGUGGGAAAAGCGCUGGAGAACGAGAACGACAGGAAACUGCGAUUGAUCCUAAGCAAGGCGCAACACCACCAGCGGCAGUUGCAGGAGGAGAUCAUGGACAACGCCAACAGCUCCGCCAGCACCUCGCCCUCGUCCCAUCGCAAGAAGCCCACGAGUCGCAUUCAGUCGCCCAGAUUCUCCCGUUUGAGUGGUCGCCAGGGAUCGCCGGAGUCGAUGGCGAACAGCUACCACGGGAAUAGCAGCAACAACAGCAUUGCCAGCGACAAUGGAUCUGCAAACCACUCGCUCCAGAUGAGCAUCUCGCUGAUCGAGAACAUCAAGAACGACGGCGAGGGAUUCUCGCUGGCCGGCAGUGGCAUGUCCAGCAGCGUGACCACCAAGACCUACAACUCCACGGAGUCCACGCCCAGGAACAUGACACCCAAUCCCUACAAUGAUCAGACGUUUAUCAGUCAAACUCCAUCCGGAGGUCCACUGGCUGCCGCCUCUAAAAUGGUCCCUGUUCCGGAGACCCUGAUGAGUCCGGAUGUCUGCCCCGCCGCGGUGGCCCAGAGGGUCACGGUAACCGCUCUCAACUCGCAGCUGCACAAGACCAAGGUCAACAAGAACAAAGACAACAAACUAAACUUACCGAGGGUGCGGAGUCCCCAGCUAAAGAGGAACCAGAGUCCCACGUGCAGUCCACGGAGAACGGCCAGCAAGUCGGGCGGCGACAAGAUGCAGCAGCAGCAGCAGCAGCAGGAUAAGCUGCAGACUUCGGUCACCAUGGUGGAUGCCGGUGGCUUCAGCACCGACGACGAUGGCGAGCAGAUCAACGUGGAGAAGCUGCGGGCCAUCAGGAAGAUGGCUGCCCAGAAGCAGCAGCAGAUGCACCAGGAGCAGGAGCAGCUGAAGCAGCAGACGGACAACAGCCUGAACUGCGAGGACCGACUGAUCGAGCACGUGACCGAGUCCUCGGCCGUGACCAUUCAGAAAAUAUGGAGGGGCUAUCACACGCGCAAGAAGACCAACAAAGAUAUAGCCGAGCGGUUGCAGCGACGUCGCACGCAGGAGUACAUUGAGCAACUCGGCAAGGACAUGCUUUUGACCAAGGCGCAGCUCGAGAACGAGCGGAAGAUCCAACAGCUGCAGAUGCAGGCCAUCAAUGCGCUGUGGAAGAAGGUGUCCACCAUGGAGGUGGAUCCGAAGGGCGUCCAGCCGGUUGCGGAACAGGGCGAGGACUCCAACGGAGGCGGAGGAGGCUCUGGCCACCUCAGCCUUGACCAGAACUCUGCUGCUGUUGUCAACGACCUGGCCAAGCGAUGCACGAUGCUCACCGACCAGGUGCAGAUGCUGCAGAGCUCGAUCGGAACCAUCGUCAAUUGCCUGACCAUGGUGUGCAAUCUGCCGCAGGACGCCAUUAAGAAGCAGGCCGAGAUCAUCGACUGCAGCUCCACGCAGACGGACCUGAUAGCCGUGCACACGCCCCAGAUCGAGGAUCUUAACAAUUUUCCCUUCACGAAGACCAGACCCUCGACCUUGGCCCUGGAGUCGAAGCACGAAACGCUGGCGUGCCCCAAAAUCGAUGAACUCAACGACGUCGAGCUCAAGGAGAACGACGACUCGGCUCACCUGGAAAAAGAAGCCUAAAAAAUUGCAGUUAAUGGAGGAGUGUAAACGCUUUACGGAUCGAUCUCUGCGCUUAUUAAUUCCUCUUGUAGGCUUUUGUGUAGCUUUUGCAACAAUUUUUAGAUCAGUUACAAGAACUUAAACGUAGCAGCAGCAUCCACGAACACAAUUUUUUGUUACAUUUUGAGAUGUAGUGAUGGCGAGAGACUAAAGAAAACUUAUGAAAAAAUCGAUAAAUAACAAUUUUUGUAAAACGCAAA